CCUGCCUCUCCGCAGACCAAAUGGAGACAGCUAUUUUGGGAAGAGUUGACCAACUGCUGGCGGAGAGGAUAAACUUCAAUUUGCCAAGACAUCGGGAGACAAGAGAUAUCUACCAGAGAUGCAACUGCCCAGCAGGUCCCCCCGGUCCCACAGGAAGACCUGGCCUUCCGGGAGACAAAGGUGCCAUGGGAAUCCGUGGACAACCGGGAGCCAAGGGUCAACCUGGAGAGAAGGGAGCUCCGGGAGAGGCUGGAAUGUCCAUCAUUGGUCCUCGGGGACCUCCAGGACAGCCUGGAACAAGAGGUUUUCCUGGAUUUCCAGGUCCAAUUGGUUUGGAUGGCAAACCAGGUCAACCUGGACAGAAAGGGGAAAUGGUCACUGAUGAAGAUGUUGAAGAGUAUUGGGCCUAA